AUGUUAAAAGAUGUUACGAUUCGUCAACUAACAGAAAAUUCACCGGUAGUACCAAGUGAUACCAGACAAAAUGUUAUAUUAAGUCGACAAUUUUUAUCAGAUGUGUUGAAUAUGUCGUAUGAUCGAUAUCGGGUAAUACUUAAAAAUGAUUUUGACAAGAAAUUAUUUUUAAAAAAACAACAAGCAAAAGCAGAAAAAUCCAUGCCGGGUCUAAAAGCUCACAUAGAAGAAUUGUCUAUCGAUCUUAAAAAUGGAAUUACUCCAAUGUUAAGUAAUUACACUACUCGAUCCGAAACAUUAAUAUCAAAUUCUUCUCGAUCAUCUUCUCGUAAAUUCGUUCAAGUAUCUGAUCCAACAUUUGACAAAACACCACAUUCAAAACAUCAAACAUCCAUUCGAGCAACAACAACUCUUGGUAAUAAAUCAAAAAAUGAUAAAACAUUGAAUGUAGCACAAACCACAUUUUUAACAAAAACAUUACGUAGCGCUAGUAUUAACUACAAUGAACGAAAUAAUGACGGUUUAACAAAAUUUGAAUCCGAAUCAGAAAUGAGUAAAAUACAAGAUGUACAUAGUUCCGUGAUGACGGAUGAAACUUUGCAGAAACCAGUUGAACCUAUUAUACAGCAGAAAAUACAAAAACCAAUAAUUUUUCCUAACCCUAAACAAUUACGACCAACUUCAUCGAGGAAUAAAACGGUAAUAUCAAAAGAUAAAUUAAAUCAAUUAGCAAUGCCACGUUCAAGUCGACGAUUACUACCAUUUGGACGAUUAUCGAGAAAAACAACAAACGAAUUAACAGCAGUCUCCCAGAUAUUUAAUUCACUGGAGGACAAUUUACUGGACACACCACGACUAGCAACAAAGCAAACCAUGGACAAACAAACGUCUGCUGUACACGAUAAAAGAUUUCGACGAUUAAUGACAGUCUUUUCGGAAACAUAUCGUACAAAAAAAUUGAAUGAAAAUAAUGUCAAAAGUAUUGUAUCUAUGAAUUCUUCUCUUCAAGAUAGCAAUGGACAUUGGCAAUCGGAUAGAAAUGCAUUAAAACUUGAACAAUUAAGACACAAACGUGAAAUAUUAGCUAAACAAUUUCCAAAAGAUUUAUUCUGGAUAGAUGCAGCAGCCUGA